AUGGCGGACAUUCAGACUGAGCGCGCCUACAAGAAACAGCCAACCAUCUUUCAAAAUAAGAAGAGGGUUCUGCUUGGAGAAACUGGCAAAGAGAAACUCCCUCGAUAUUACAAGAACAUAGGUCUGGGUUUCAAAACACCCAAGGAGGCCGUUGAGGGCACUUACAUUGACAAGAAAUGUCCCUUUACUGGUAAUGUGUCCAUCCGAGGGUGGAUCUUGUCUGGCGUACUGACCAAAAUGAAAAUGCAGAGGACCAUUGUCAUCCACUGGGACUACCUCCACUACAUCCGAAAAUACAACCGCUUUGAGAAGCGCCACAAGAACAUGUCUGUGCGCCUGUCCCCCUGCUUCAGGGACAUCCAGAUUGGCGACAUUGUCAUGGUGGGCGAGUGCUGGCCCCUGAGCAAGACUGUGCGCUUCAACGUGCUCAAGGUCACCAAGGCCACUGGCACCAAGAAGCAAUUCCAGAAGUUCUGAGACUGGACACCUGCCCACUGCCCCAAACAAAAUUAAGUUAUUUUCCCAAUGUUGAAAAAAAAAAAA